ACGUACUCAUGUCAAACGGGACCUUUUAUUUAUUUUUGGUUAUCUAUAGAAACUUAGAAGGAAAAGGCUAGGGUGCCACUACAUGGGUGCACCCAUGCUUCACACAAACAAACAUAGACGAUAAUCGUCUGUGCGACACAGACAAUUAUCGGGAAAGCCAUGGCCACAGAUCAAGAUGGGUUGAAGACGUGCGUUGUCUUGGGCGGGCGAGGUUUCGUCGGCCGAUCUCUGGUCGGGAGGCUCCUGAGACUCGGCAAUUGGAUCGUCCGAGUUGCCGAUUCAGCUGCAUCCCUCGAACUCGACCCCUCCCAAUUUGAAGCCGAUUCGCUUCUCUCUCAAGCCCUCGCCUCCGGCCGCGCCUCCUAUCACCGCGUAGAUGUUCGCGAUAAGUCGCAGAUCAUCAAAGCUCUUGAAGGUGUGUCAGUUGUAUUCUAUAUGGAUCUCGUGGAUUCACACCCGCCUGAUUUGUUUUUUUGCUAUGCAAUCAUCGUUGUAGGUGUGAAAAAUGUCAUUCAGGCAUGUCAGGAGUGCAAAGUCAAACAACUAAUCUACAACAGCUGUGCCGAUGUUGUUUUCGAAAAGGGACGUGAUAUUGAGAAUGGUGAUGAGUCCUUGCCUUAUGCUGGUAAAUUUGAGAAUUUGUUGACUGAUCUUAAGGCUCAAGCUGAAGCUCUUGUCUUAGUUGCUAACAAUGUUGAUGGCCUUCUUACAUGUUCACUUCGUCCUAGCUAUGUUUUUGGACCGGGGGAUAAACAGCUUCUGCCAAUGGUUGUGAAUAUGGCAAAGUCAUGUUUUUCCAAGUUUAUUAUAGGGAUUGGUAAUAAUGCACUGGACUUCACUUAUGUGGAUAAUUUAGCCCAUGCCCAUAUCUGUGCUGAAGAAGCUUUAAAUUCUAAGACGACUCAUGUAGCUGGCAAGGCCUUCUUCAUCAAUAACCUCGAGCCCAUGAAGUUCUCAUCAUUUGCAUAUCUGAUCUUGGAAGGAUUGGGGUAUCAAAGGCCAAUAUUUAAGCCUCCAUCUAGUAUGGUUGAAUACAUUCUUUCUAUUGUAAAGAGCUUCCAUUUAAAGAUAAACAGUGGGAAGCUUGAUGACCAUGCAUCACUUUACAGUUUUUAUGACUUAGCCUUGUGCAGCAGGACUUUUAACUGCUCUGCAUCACAGAAGUGUUUAAGAUAUUCUCGAAUUGUUCCAAUGGAAGAAGCAAUUACACUGACUGUGAAGUCUUCAUCUCAUUUAGCCAAGGACUCCUUUUAUGCGAAGUAUACAGACUAUGACGAGGAAACAAAAGUGCAUAAACUGUUAAAUGGUGGAAAAGUUGCAGAAGUUUUGCUCUGGAGAGAUGAGAAGAUAACAUUUGCUCAUUUUCUGUUAUGCUUUUUGAUCUAUUGCUGGUUUUUCCUGUCCGGAAGAACCUUUGUUUCAUCUCUUGCCAUUCUUUUGCUGCUAAUUACUGCUAUGCUUUGUGGGUACAGCAUGUUGCCACCAGUUGUAUAUGGGAUCACUGUUCCAAGAAUAUCUUGGUCUUGUUUUGAGAUAUCUGAAGUUGAUAUGAGAAACUGUGUCUCAGCGGCAGGCAAUUUGUGGAACAGAAUGAAUCAUGGAACAAGGUCGCUGGCUCAAGGAGAAGACUGGUUUACCUUUCUGAAGGUGGUGGGGUGCCUGUACUGUUUGAAGCUGAAUGUCUCACUUUCACUCACGGUUUUCCUUGCCAUCGCCCUGGUCGCGGUGUUCUCGGUUUUCUUCAUUUACGAGCAAUAUGAGAACGAAAUCGAUGGAAUGUGCAACAUUUUGCUCAGCUGUGGAAUGGGCGGCCUUUCGUUUUUGUCUAGGAACUUGCCGAUGCCAUUGGGCUCAAUGCUAACCAACUUUGAAGCAUCGCUCAAGAGAAAGGAUUCGUUCUGAAGAAGAAUAGUCGUCAGCAAAAUCUCCGUUCUAUCCUCUGCAACAAGAGGGGGAUCCCUUAUGUUCUCUGACUGUAUGUCUGUAUAUAGAAUGAUUUUUCUAGCUUUGGUAGCUCUUGUACAAGCAUACAUUACUAAGAGAGAAACUAGGGAGAAACAGAGAGGGAGUGGCUGUUUGAUUGCUCCUCUUACUAGAGUCCUCUGUUUCCAUAGCCAGACAAAAAGGACAAAUGCACAAAUCAUAAACUUCAACAUAUCUC